AGCAAGAUCAGAUGAGACCGCCUGUUACAGAUGAAGCCAGGCAGGAAGGGCCUGAGCUAAAGAGGGGGUAGGGGAGGAAGAAUGACGGUGAGUAUAAUGCCCCCAUCCAGACAGCACAGCGAGGGUCUUCACGACACAGGGAGGCAGCUGUCCCUUUGCUGCCCCUUCCCGUCCUUCAGGGCCCAGCCAUCCUCAAUUACCUUCCUCCCCCGCCUACUCCAGGGUAUCUGUGCCUGCAGGCCUUGGCUCGAUGCCCUCCCACCCCACACCCUCUGCCUGCAUGCUUCCCAGGGCUACUCAGAAAUCACCUCUUCCGGAAAGUCUUCCGUGAUCCAGCCCCAGUUUCAAUGCCUGUGUUCCACUACACCUAGUUUCUUUGCUUCCCGUCUCUUUUUGCGGACUCGAGGCCUCCCUGGCCUCCUAGGGGUUCUGAAUUCCCCAGUCAGGCCCUUGCCCACCGGCCUGUGCCCCUGCUCUCUGCCUCUGGGUGCAAAUGGCCGACACAAGCUGUCCUAAACCUGUCACGAUUAAAGGUACACUUCUCCGACAUCCAGGGCAAGUUGGCCACGUGGUGAACAAAUUCUCAUGACAUCUGGUGUGCAUGAGAGGUCUUGCCUCCUUAAUGCUUUCCCUGAGCUGAGCCAGCCCGGGGCGGGCACGUGGGAGGUAUUCCCUGGGCCAAUGCUGAAUGAGAAGCAUAGAGGAAUGUCCGACUGGCAGGUUCUUUUUCUUCCAAACCCAGAGCCUCCCCAUUUGUGCCCGAGCUAAGGGCGGCUUACGCCUAUGUCCAGCACGCUGGCCGGGGCUGUGUGUUUUCUACCUGAGCCUCAGAGGAAUUGCAGGGCAGUCCAGGAGGGAUCGGUCUUCCAUGUUGCCCUCGUAAACGCAGCAGCUCAGAGGAGCCAAGUGACCAGGCUAAGGCCACGCAGUUAGAGAGGCAGGGUGGGGACCCCAGCCGGCUUUCCCUGCCGUCGGUGACCUGGCGUUCUGUGCCGAUCCUCGGAGAGGCGCCCCGGCUUUAUGGCCAGCGCUCCCCUCCCGGCUCGCUGGCCUCGUUGGCCAGGAAAAUGAAAGGUGCUGAUGCCAAAGGAAAAAUCCAUACCCGGGGUGGUGGUUCCCGAGAAGGCCAGUUUCCCUCCAGGAUUCCUCGGUGCUGCUAUGACAGCAGGGGGGAAAGCGCACGGUGCCCGUUUCCUGUUCAGACAAGACAGAGCGGCCGCAUUUCCUGCCAGGCCCCCGCCCCCUCGUGGACUCUGCCUCCUGCACCGAGAUGCCCCGGGAUGGCCUGCGGGAGCAUGGACUCCCGGGCCUGGGCUCCCCUGACGCGCAGCCCCGGCCAUCCGGGGGCCGCUGAGUGUGGCCGCGCCCUGAGAGGGACGCCGGGCGGGAGGACCAGAAAGGACUGGUCCUGCUGGCUCAUCGUGGCCUCUCUGGUGGGCGCCUUCGGCUCCUCCUUCCUCUAUGGGUACAACCUGUCGGUGGUGAACGCCCCAACUCUGUACAUCAAGUCCUUCUACAAUGAAUCGUGGGAAAGAAGGCACGGACAUCCAAUAGACCAAGACACUCUGACCCUGCUCUGGUCUGUGACGGUGUCCAUAUUCGCCAUUGGUGGACUCGUGGGGACGUUACUGGUGAAGCUGAUCGGAAAGGUUCUUGGGAGGAAGCACACUCUGCUGGUCAACAAUGGGUUUGCGAUAUCUGCUGCACUGCUCAUGGCCUGUUCUCUCCAGGCAGGAGCCUUUGAAAUGCUCAUCGUGGGGCGUUUCAUCAUGGGCGUGGAUGGAGGCAUCGCCCUCAGCGCGCUUCCCAUGUACCUGAACGAGAUCUCGCCCAAGGCGAUCCGUGGCUCUCUGGGGCAGGUGACCGCCAUCUUCAUCUGCGUUGGCGUGUUCGUGGGGCAGCUGCUGGGCCUGCCUGAGCUGCUGGGAAAGGAGAGCACCUGGCCAUACCUGUUUGGAGUGAUCGCUGUCCCUGCCUUGGUCCAGCUGGUGACCCUGCCUUUUCUCCCCGAGAGCCCCCGCUACCUGCUCUUUGAGAAGCACGACCAGGCCGGAGCCGAGAAAGCCUUCCGAACCUUCCUGGGCAAAGAGGAUGUCUCCCGAGAGGUGGAGGAGGUCCUGGCAGAGAGCCGCUUGCAGAGGAACAUCCACCUGGUCUCCGUGCUGGAGCUGCUGCGGAGUCCCUUCGUCCGCUGGCAGGUCAUCACUGUGGUCGUCACCAUGGCCAGCUACCAGCUCUGCGGUCUCAACGCGAUUUGGUUCUACACCAAUAGCAUCUUUGGGAAAGCUGGGGUCCCUCCGGAAAAGAUCCCAUACAUCACCUUGAGCACCGGUGGCAUUGAGACUUUGGCCGCCAUCUUCUCUGGCUUGGUCAUUGAGCGCCUGGGACGGAGACCCCUCCUCAUGGGUGGCUUUGGGCUGAUGGCCCUCUUCUUUGGGAUCCUCACCGUUACAUUGACACUGCAGGACCACGCCCCCUGGAUCCCAUACCUGAGUAUCGUGUGCAUUCUGGCCAUCAUAGCCUCCUUCUGCAGUGGGCCAGAUGGUAGCUAGCCGGUAACAGGCUCGCCCAGAGUGGGGUGACUGAUAACGUAGAGCAGCGUCACAGCUACAAUAACAGUUGCAAGAGCUCUGAGCCAGAUGCGCUAGCUUGGGCUGAAUGGGAGAUACUCAAGUUACGGUCUGUGCCCACAGAGAAGUGACCACUUAGCGUGGAAGAUAUAACAAUAAUAAUAGUGAUAAUAGUAAUGUCCAAGAUUUGCUGAUCACUGGGGAUGUGCCAGACGUGGCCAAGCACUUGAUGCGUGCUGACUCGUCUGGGCUCGUGGCAGCUCUAGAGGAGGCAGGGAUGGGAACGACUUGUAUGCAGAGAGCUUUGUUGGACUCGCCCGACUCCCAGGAACCCAGCCACCACCUUAUACUGGAGCUGCCUGAGGGUGGAGUCUGGAGUGUUCUGAGCCUCCAUGUGCCCAGGACACACUUCCAGCCUCCACUCUGCCAUUUCCCUAUGGGACAAGUCCUCUUCUCUCCUUGGGCCUCAGUGUCCCCAUCUAUAAAAUGGCCCUGCCUUUCCCUGGCUCUGUGUCUGUGUGCUCAGGGGCCCCCACCAGAGGCCACGCUGGGGCUGAGAAGGGCUUCAGGGCAGGUCUGACAGUUGUGCACAUCCGUCUGGAGGGUGUGGCUGUGGUUCCUUGUUUUGGCUUGUAUGUGGAUGAAAACAACAGUGUGUUUCUAUCAGAACAAAUAGAACUGAAUUUCUGUUUCUCCCUUUGUGUUGCUGCUUUUCACGGGCGUCAAGCUCCCUGUCCUGUCACGUUGGUGGACAGACAGCAUCUGUCCCCUGUUCAGGACAGCAGUAUGUUAUAGGGAGGUGGCAGAAUGGGCUGUGGAACGGCUGGCAGAGGGCAUUAGGCCUGCACGUGUGUGUGCACACACCCGGGCACACACACCCUCACCACGUUGUGGCGGUGAUUGGAGGGACCUUCCAGGCGGGGCAGCAAAUUGACUGGAGGGCCACAAGGAGCACACAUUGCAGUUAAAGCAGAUUCAAUGGGUAAACGUGCUCAGUCCUAUGGGGUCCCCCUUUGCUCCCUGUGUGGUCAGCAUUCUCACGGGAACCCCUGCAGGCGGGCAGCCAGAGGCUCCCCACUAGCCCUGGAAACACCGGGGCGCAGACCAAAAGGACAGCCUCUGCUCCCACGGGGCUUAUAGGCUGGAAUGAAAAUCAGACAUCGGGCCUGGGGGAGCCUCUCUCAACCUCUUAAUCGAAAAUCAGCAUUCACAUGCAUACACGCAUACAGGCACACACAUGUGCAUACCCACGUUUCCAUGCAUGCACACAUGUGCACACACAUACACACGCAGGUGCAUAUGUGUACAUGUUCGUGCACAUACAUGCAGAGCCAUGUGAGCACAUGUGCAAUACAUACACACAGGCACAUACGUAUACACGCGUGCACACGCAUGCAUACACGCACACGAGUACACACAGG